UGAAAAUCUUUGACUCCUCGAACUCGCGCAGAAAAAUUCAAAAUAAGCAACGGUCAUCGCUUCUCCUCCAUACUCUCUUCUUUACAAAAUGCAGAACACCCUUCACUUCAAUUUCAGAUUUCUUCUUCCAGACCAAAAUUUUCUUUUAAAACCGACUGCAGAUUGUCAUUGGGUGACCUCAUUCGCGGCAAAAUCUCCAGUUCUUCGCUCCUCUCUCUCAUUUCCACAUCAAACCCGUUGCCGAAAUGCAAUUACGUGUGCAAGAAAGAACAGAACGCGAUCUGGGUCUCGACGAUCAAGAGAAAUUAUACUCGAACUGGUUUCGUUUCUCGUCUCCAAUUCAAAGAUUUUGCCACGGCCGCUCGAUCUGGUUCUCAGUGAAUUUGGCGGUGGAGACGGAGGUGGAUUGGGUUUUCUGAAAGGUUUUGGAGGAGGAGGAGGAUUUGAUGGGUGGAGAAGAAAAAGGAAGAAGAGAAUGUUGGGGAUUUGGGUUUCUUUUGGGCUUUGCAUCUUGUGCUUCGUGUUGGGGAUGGAGUUAAGUGGUCGGUCGCUGGGGGUGUUGGGUUUGUGCUUGAUUGGGGCAAAUUUCAUCAAGGGGUGGAAAUUAGGGUUUAAAGAUUGGGUCUUUGGGUUUUGUUGUUUUGGUGCUGUGGUGAGCCUGGGAUUUAAAAGAGAGCAUUUGAUGAAGCGGGUUGAGAACAGUAGGGUUUGCUCGGCUAUUGUGAACACUGUGAAGGGAAGCAAAAGAAAAGGUAGAAGAAGAUUCUACUGAGAGAGAUUUUUAACAAAGAACUCCAUUAUUUUUUUGUUCUUUUUUUUCUCUGUUUUUCUUUCUUCGGCCUCUUGGAUUUCUCUUCAAUUAUGUAGGAUCCAGAUUAAGCAAGACAUGAUGUUUCACUCUCCAUGGAGGUUCCUUGAGAUAGCUAUGUAAAUAAAGGCUAUUUUGCAGUGAGCCCAAGUUGGAUUUAGGAAGCUAUUAAUGGAGCUGUGAAUCCCAUUAUUUCCUUCUCAAGCUCUCCAUUGUUGUUCUUAUUUUCAAGAUUUUCAUUGACAGAAACCGAAUCAGUUCGAUGCUUUGUUAACAGCAGAAAAAGAACAUGAAGAAAUAUUAUGAUACCGUUCUCUCUCAUUUCAAAGAGUA